AUGUCACUCUCCGACCACGCGCAAAAGCUCACCAGCACGCUCGAGCAAGCCAAGCUCGUCCCGGGCUCAGCGGCGGUGCUGAUACCAGAGGGGUUUAAGCCGACGAUCAAGCUCGAGGUCUCGUUCGCGGAUAAGGCCGUCGAUGUGGGCAACUUCUUCCGCGCGGGCGAGUGCAAGCUUGCACCCAGCAUCUCGUUCGCGGCCGAGGAGGGAGCCGAAUCCGGUGCCUCGUACACCCUCUUCCUGACAGACCCGGACGCGCCCACCCCGGACAACCCGCAGUUUGCGUUCUGGCGCCAUUGGGUCCUACCCGGGCUGCAGCCGCUCAGUGGGGGCGCGGUCGUUGCGCAGACGAAGCCGGCGUUGACUGAGUUUCUCGGACCCGGACCCAAGGACGAGUACCUCUUUCUGCUCUACCGGGAACCCCAAGGACUGGAUCUCAAGAAGGAGGAUGUCGGCGGAGAGGAAUUUGUUCAGAGGCGUUCAUGGAAGCCUGCUGAGUUCGCGGAUAAGCAUGGUCUGAAGCUCGUUGGAGUGAACUGGAUGACCUGCGCUGGCGAUGGCUGGACAGAGUGA